AUGAUGGCAGAACGAAAGAUUAGCAGCAAUGGAGGAGAUGUUGUUAUCAAUGUUUCAGGUGAAGAAGCAUCAAAGGUUUCUCCAAGGCAUUCCAAGGAUAUGGCUUCACCAAGGCAUUCCAAGGGAAUGGCCUCACCAGAGUCUGAGAAAGCAGUUCCCAUCAGUAAAAGCCCUUCUCCUGAAAUCUCUAAGCUUGUUGGUAGUCCUAACAAGCCUCCUAGAUCUCCAAGUCCUAACAAUGAGGGUCUAACUCAAAGGAAAUCUUUUGCGAGGUCUGUUUACUCGAAACCUAAGUCCCGGUUUGUGGAACCAAAUUGUCCUGUAGACCCAAGUAAGCUAAAGGAAGAUGCUAGGGAACUUGGUGUUGCUUUCUCUUUUAGUAGAGGUUCUCCAAAUAACAAAUCGAAUAGGAGUGACGGGUCAGCAACACCGCAAACUCCAAGUAAAGCGGUUGUUGGGAAAGACGAAGAUGAGGAAAUCUACAAAAAGGUUAAGCUGAACAGAGAGAAGCGUAGUAGGAUAAGUGCAUUGGCAUUGAUAGAGUCUGCUUUCUUUGUGGUGAUUUUGAGUGCUUUGGUUGCUAGUUUAACCGUUGAUGUCCUGAAACAUUAUCACUUCUGGGGACUAGAAGUCUGGAAAUGGUGUGUGCUUGUGAUGGUUAUAUUCAGCGGAAUGUUGGUGACGAAUUGGUUCAUGCGUUUGGUUGUGUUCCUCAUUGAAGCAAACUUUCUUUUGAGGAGAAAAGUGCUAUACUUUGUGCACGGCUUGAAGAAGAGCGUCCAAGUCUUCAUAUGGCUCAUCUUGAUACUUGUUGCUUGGUUAUUGCUGUUCAACCGCGAUGUUCAUCGAUCCCAUGCAGCCUCUAAAAUCCUCAAAGUUUUAACCAUGACUCUUAUUUCCCUUCUAACGGGGUCAUUCCUUUGGCUGCUUAAAACACUGAUGUUGAAAAUCUUGGCUGCGAAUUUCAACGUCAAUAACUUUUUCGACAGGAUUCAAGAUUCGGUCUUUCAUCAGUAUGUUCUACAAACGCUCUCGGGUCCUCCACUUAUCGAACAAGCAGAGAGGGUUGGGCGUGAGCCAACCACAGGCCAUUUGAGUUUCACGACCGUGGAGAAGAAAGGAAAGGUUAAAGAGAAGAAACUGAUUGACAUGGGGAAAGUUCAUAGGAUGAAGCGUGAAAAGGUUUCCGCUUGGAAUAUGCGGGUUUUGGUAGAAGCGGUUAGAACUUCAGGUCUCUCUACAAUCUCUGACACAUUGGAUGAAACAGCAUACGGCGAUGGGAAAGAGAAAACUGAUAAAGAGAUUACCAAUGAGAUGGAGGCUUUGGCUGCUGCUUACCAUGUCUUCAGAAAUGUUGCUCAGCAUUGCUUCGAUUACAUAGAGGAAGAAGACUUGCUUAGGUUCAUGAUUAAAGAAGAAGCUGAUCUUGUAUUCCCUUUGUUUGAUGGUGCGGUGGAGACCGGGAGAAUCACCAGAAAAGCUUUGAAUGAAUGGGCGGUUAAGGUGUACCAGAGCCGGAAAGCUCUAGCUCAUUCCUUAAACGAUACAAAAACAGCGGUUAAGCAGCUAAACAAACUCGUGACAGGGAUCUUGAUCGUGAUCACCCUCGUCAUAUGGCUGCUGCUUCUUGAAGUAGCAACGACUAAGGUUUUGCUGUUUUUCUCCACCCAACUUGUGGCUCUGGCUUUUAUAAUCGGAAGCACUUGCAAAAACCUGUUUGAAUCCAUCAUCUUUGUCUUCGUUAUGCAUCCUUACGAUGUCGGUGACCGCUGCGUCAUAGAUGGUACACCGUUGCUGGUUGAAGAAAUGAACCUGUUAACAACGGUGUUCUUGAAGCUUGACAACGAGAAAGUGUACUAUCCGAACGCUGUUCUGGCCACGAAACCGAUAAGCAAUUACUUCAGAAGUCCGGAUAUGGGAGAUACAAUAGAAUUCUCCAUCGCGUUUUCGACGCCAGUCUCAAAGAUUGCACAUCUUAAAGAAAAAAUCGCCGAUUACUUGGAGCAGAAUCCGCAGCAUUGGGCAGUGAUACACACGGUGGUGGUGAAAGAGAUAGAGAACAUGAACAAGCUAAAGAUGGCUCUGUAUUGUAACCACACCAUCACGUUUCAGGAAUACAGAGAGAGGAAUAUCAGAAGAACUGAACUUUGUUUGGCGAUUAAGAAGAUGUUGGAGGGUCUUCACAUUGAUUACACUCUGCUUCCUCAAGAAGUUCUCCUCACCAAUAAGACCUGA